AUGGAGGAAACGAGAGACAACCAGAAUAAUGAGCAAAACAACGGACAAAAUGGAGCUCCUCAACUCAACAAUCAAAUUGGGGCUACCGAACUAGUCCAACUCAUGCAAGCGUUCAUUACCGCUGCGACUGCGAAUAACCAAAAUCAGCGCGGAGCCCCGCACGCACCUCGAGGACCAAUGACCAGAAGUCAGGCACUAAAUGAAUUCUGCAAGCGCCGCCCGCCCUACUUUCAAGGAGAACCUAACCCUACAGCUGCGGAAGCUUGGCUAGCGGAAAUCAAGAAAAUUCUUGAAACCCUAGACAUUCAAGAGGCCAGCAAUCGAAUUGCCCUAGCAACCUAUCAAAUGCAGAGUGAAGCUCAGCAUUGGUGGGACCUAAUGAAAAACACCCAUGAUGUGGCAGCAAUGACUUGGGAUAGGUUCGAGGAAAUUUUCCUUGACAAGUACUUUCCAACACCUGUCAAACAAGCAUUAGCCUUGGAAUUCAUGAACCUUGAGCAGGGCACAAUGACCGUGGCCCAGUACGCAGCACGAUUUGAGGAACUGUCUCGCUAUGGCACGAAAAUCAUACCUACUGAUGACGACAAGGCGAGAAAAUUUGAGUGGGGACUCAAUGAGACACGCCGAGCAGUAGUGGCACAGACACUUCCCACCUAUUCACAAGUGGUGCAAUGCGCAUUUAAGAUGGAAAGAGAGAACUUGGAUUUCAAGGCAAGGCGUGAGCAAAAGAAGGCAAUACCAGCAGUUGGAGGACCUAUCCGCACCAACCCCCCUAACCGGAUUACUCUAACCACUCAACCUUACCACCAAAACUACUCUCGCCCACAACAGAUGCAACCCAACCCAGCUUGGAGAAGCCCCAAUCCAAACUUCAAUCGGAACCUUAACCCUAAUCCGAACCAGAUCCAAGUACCAAACCGAGGCCCAAACCCUAAUCUUGGACCAAACCGCAACCCCCUCUCCCAGAAUCAAAGCAUAGACCACCGCUGUUUUUAUUGCCAAGAAGAAGGACAUAUCAGGAGGAAUUGUCCUAAGUUGAACGGCACUGGAAACUCUGGAGGACAACCGCAGAAUCAGGUCAGGACUGCAGGAUUUGGAAAUCAGAAUCAGAACCCAGCUAGACCGGUAUGGAAUGGUAACCAAGCUGGAGGACAGAACCAGCCUCGUGGUGGAUGGAACCAACCGCCAACUCAGAACAGGGGAUUGAACGGGCCAAUCCAGCCCAAUGCAGGAAGAGUGUUUGCGCUGCAAGGGACGGAAGAGGAGAUGGACCCUGCAGUAAUCCAAGGUACCCUCACUCUUUUUACUACAUGCGUUCAAGCAUUAUUUGAUUCUGGAGCUUCGCACUCAUUUAUAUCUACCACAUGUGUAACUACACUUGGUUUAGAAACUGAAUCUCUAAAGACAGCUAUGCAUGUGACCUCACCACUAGGGGGUAAGAUUCCGGUAGUACUAAUUUGUAAAGGGUGCGAACUAGAGAUAUCGAACUUACGGUUAACAUGCGACUUACGAGUAAUCGAAAUGACGGACUUUGACGUCAUACUCGGAAUGGACUGGUUGACUGCACACCGAGCUGUCAUAGACUGCCAUCGAAAGAUGGUGACAGCCUAUUCGCCAGAUGGAACGUGCUUCAAGUUUAAGGGGGAUAGACAAGACCCAUCUGCACCCCACGCGCACAAAACGAAGUGGCAUAGGAAGCUUGCUGGAUGGUUAGCAAGUCUCACGUUGGAGGAAACGAACCGAAUGGAGUUGGGUCUCCCUCACGUUGUCUGCGAGUACGAAGACGUAUUUCCAAAAGAAUUACCUGGAUUACCGCCGCCAAGAGAAUUGGAUUUCACCAUCGAACUACAACCCGGCACAGCCCCAAUCUCGAUGGUCCCGUAUCGAAUGGCCCCAGCAGAACUACGAGAGUUGAAAACACAGUUGCAGGAACUCUUAGAGAAGGGUUUUAUCCGACCUAGUACCUCACCAUGGGGAGCCCCAGCGCUAUUCGUCAAAAAGAAAGAAGGAACGCUCCGACUCUGUAUCGACUAUCGUCAACUCAAUAAAGUCACCAUCAAGAACCGAUAUCCUCUACCGAGAAUAGACGACUUGUUCGAUCAACUGAGAGGAUCGACUUGUUUCUCAAAGAUUGUCUAA